AUGCAGCCAUCACUCCUCUGCACCGCCUGCCGUCGCGCCGCCCGCGCCCGCGCCCGCGCUCCCCUGCGUCUCCUCGCGCGCCCCAUCACCACCGCCCGUCCGCACCACCUCUCCUCCUCCCCCGUCCUCCGAUCCUCACCACCACCACCACGCCUCCUCCGCCUCUACUCCUCCUCCACGCCCGCCGCCGCCGAGGCCGAAACGCCCAGCAUGACCGACGCCGAGGCCGCCAUCGCGCGACUCCUCGUCGACGCCCUCUCGCCCUCCGCCCUGCUCGUCCAGGACGUCUCCGGCGGCUGCGGCAGCAUGUACGCCAUCGACAUCGCCGCCGAGGCCUUCCGCGGACAGUCGGUGCUGCGCCAGCAGCGCAUGGUCAACGCCGCGCUGGGCGAGCUGGUGCGCACCUGGCACGGCGUCCAGAUCCGCACGAGCGUGCCGGAGAAGCCGCAGCAGUCGUGA